GUUUAGUACGAGAAGUCCAGUGGCCGAUCCUUCUUAUCUUUCUUCAUCUCUCUAUUCCAUAUAUGUUUUAGUUGCAGAAGUCCCGAACACACGCCUCAGGAAAUCCGAAGCUUAAGUUUGUUUCUUCAGUGCCUCGUCGACUUCAAUAUUUUGUGGGUUUUGUGAGGAAUUAAGCAAUGCCUUAGAGUAUUUUUCUUAAUCUUUCAGUCUUUCUUCAUUUGCAUCAUCACAAUGUUGGAUUCAAUGGCUUCUUGUUACAGUCCUAAGGGGUGUGGCAUUAUUACACAUACAAGCACUAUUAGGGCUGAUUCUCAUGCUCCACAUCCGUAUCGACAUUCUUUCAAUUUGUCAUGUGCUUGUAACCAGCAAUUACAUUUGUCAUCAUUUUCCAUAUAUCACAGGAUCAAAGAGCGCCCUUAUAUUACAUCAAAAAUCUUCAAGGUCACAACUUUGCUAAGUGUCUCAAUUUCGGGUGGGGGAGUAUUCUUUGUCUCUGACCAUAGACAGGCUCAAAGGGAAAGAUUUCGUGUAUAUGGUGCACUUGAUGUCGCCAGUGCUGUUGAUGUGAUCAAUGAUUUAGGAAUGGAUACUUUAACAUUCUUAGCUGUAACAGUUUUGAUUGUUCCAGCAUUCAAGAUCCUCAAAGCUAGCCCUAUACUUGGUUUCUUCUUUGCGGGAGUCGUGCUCAAUCAAUUUGGCUUGAUUAGGAACAUUACCGAUGUUAAAGUUCUCUCUGAAUGGGGGAUCCUUUUCUUGCUGUUUGAAAUGGGUUUAGAGCUUUCACUUGCACGUUUAAGAGCUCUUGCAAAAUUUGCCUUUGGCAUGGGAUUGACUCAGGUUGUAUUGUCUACUCUUGCUUUCACCGCAUUUGAGCUUCCUCCUAAUGGUGCUAUUGGAACAAGAAUUCUGGAGUUUCUUUUUCACUCCAGACCUGAUUUGAAAACUUGGCAAAGUGAAACGGCUGAGCAGCUUGAAGGAAGGAAAUCAACGAAACGCUUUAGUAGCAGCGAGGGAGAGCAGUUUGGGGGUUGA